AUGGUCCUCCGCGGCAGCGCACGCAGCAAACAGCCGUUGCCCAAUGACGCCCCGCUGCACCAUGGAAACAUAUUGAGGCAACAAGUUGCCCAGAUCACUGUCUCGCACUCUUUUGACAGCCGACUUUACAUCGUGCGUCCAGUCUGGUCCUCCGCGAGUGCCCGACGCAGCGCGCAUGAGCUUGCCAUGGCCAACCUGGGCGCAGGCGCCGGCCACCCGCAGCAGCGCUGCCCUGCCCGGCCAGAUCAUUACCUCGCCUUCUCUCACCAGCGCCCCUCCUCGAUCCUCCUCCUCCUCCUCCUCCUCCUCCUCCGCUUCCUCUUGCUUGUCCUCCUCCUGCUCCUCUUCUUCCUCCUGUAG